AGGUAUAAUCAUCACAAAAAGCUGCAUAAACGACGAAAGGUUAUUUAUCAAUUAGCCCCCACACUUUGCACAUCUCACCCACAAACCCCACGAGUAGUCAUUAGUUUACUUUUGAUCCUCUCAUUUAACCACUGGCUAAUAUUUCGUGGUACAUGUACAUAUGGUACUGCAGGAUACCAAACGCAAGAGUCUAGGGAAGAAUUCAGUGAUUGGCCACAUGGAUUAUUAGCCAUAGGGACAUUUGGCAACAACAACAAAGAGGAUCAACAACUCGAACACCACCAAAAUGAAGAAGAUCCAAUGUCAUCGCCUGAUGAUUUUCAAGAUUUCACACCCGAAGAGAUCGGGAAGCUGCAAAAGGAGCUGACGAAGUUGUUGACCAAAAAGGCAAACUCGGAUAAGGAGAAGGAGCUUGUUGCUAACUUGCCACUGGACAGAUUUCUAAACUGCCCAUCGAGUUUGGAAGUCGACAGGAGGCUUAGCACGGGAGUUGCCAGCAGUCUUAACGAGUCGUUUGAGGAACACAAUAAAGAGGAGUAUGAUAUUGAGAGAACGAUCAGUGUCAUACUUGGUAGAUGCAAAGAUAUUCGAGCCAAGAAGAAAGAGAAGGCUAUUGGGAAGAAAUCCAUUUCUUUCCUCCUAAAAAAGAUGUUUGUUUGUUCGAGCGGAUUUGCUCCUCAACCGAGCUUAAGAGAUACUCUAGCUGAAUCAAGAAUGGAGAAGCUUCUUAGGACCAUGUUGCACAAGAAAAUGAGCUCUCAAAACUGUGCCUCGAGAGCCUCUUCAAUGAAAAUAUACAUUGGUGACAAAUUACAACUACACAGAGGAGAUCAACAGCAAGAAGAAGAUGAACAAAGGCGGCAUAAAACAGCCUCCGAUGGAUCAAAAUGGGUCAAAACUGAUUCUGACUGUAAGCCUACUUAUCGUCAUAUUCUUAAUCUCACAUAA